GGACUUGGCGAUUUCUUCGACGUGUGAGUCGUACGUAUGAGACUUUUCUUCUUGACUGACGCUCCACCAGAACGUAUAGUGUCCUCAUAGACAUCGGCGGCACAUCCUUGCCUGUCGUCCUAGCGCACAAGACACGGGUUCCUCGGAUUUGUGGGUUCUGUCCAACGUAUGCCAGGGAACAUGCUCUUCAGCAGAUACGGCUCUUUACCCACCGAACACGUUCCAUGGUAUAGGCCUGGAUGCUUCCCUCGUAUAUGGCGAUUCGAAGACUGGGACGUAUGCGAGAGGGAUGAUUGGAUAUGACGCUGUGUCAUUGGCGGGUCUUACUUUGCAGGAUCAGUAUUUCGCGGCGAUCAACGAUACCAAUACGUCUGUGGCUCAGACUCGGUGCUCUGGGAUCUUUGGGCUUGGGUUUCCUCUCAACAGCGUGAUAUGGACCGAUAUGUUCAUGAACCAACAACAGGUCUCGAGACCACGAAGUCUUCAUCGUGAUGUAGUUUCGCGUAUCUCGGCUAUGCGGAAGCGUUGGUUUGACAAGUCUGUCCUUGGAAUUUCCUCGUUUCGACAUAUCGAUCCUCCCUCUUACCAGUCUAUGCCUCAGCUGAAACGUCAGGCGACGACCUCGUCUUCCGUCAUUUCUUCUUUUGGAGUAUCCGGUCCAUUUAUUCCUCGCCUUGUUUCGCUCGGAGGGCUUGCGUCGCCCAUGUUCGCGAUUGCUCUGCAGCGAGAUACGAUCGAGAUUGGGGGGAACGAAGGCAUGCUUUCUAUAGGCGGACUGCCAUCUGGGGUUCAGAAUGAGAGCCUGACGUGGGUUCCUGUGCGUCAAUAUACGCUUCAACAAGACGGUUUGACACAGGAUACUUCUCUCGAGGCGUAUCCUAUUGCUUGGGAGAUUCCGAUAGAUGAUGUCUUUCUUGACGGCGUGAAACUUCCCCGGUCGCAGUUGUGUUCUAGUAACAUCUCGUUGUCAGCGUUGAUUGACACAGGCAAUUCUUUGAUUCGAGGUCCGCCUGACGUCAUCUCGUACAUCCAGAAUAUGCUGGGGGGACCUCACUUUGCCUGUUCAUCUCCUCAUACACUGGCAUUCCAGAUUGGUGGUCGCAUGUUCCCCGUCGACCCAAGAGACUUUGUGAAUCAAGUGCACUCCGGAGACGCACAAGUGUGCGGGGCGAAUCUUGCGCAGACUGAUGUGCCUGUUCUCGGUGGGGGUGGAUACCUGUACAGCUGGAGUCUAGGAGAUCCGUUUCUGAAAGGUGUGCUCGCAGCGUUCUAUUAUGGUUCUUUCACAGGACUUUCGCAAGACCCUCCUCGGAUCGGGUUCCUGUCUACCGUUCCUUCUGAUGCCGGUCAACGUUUAGAGGAUGCUGUCUCGGCAGCAUCUGCAGGACAGUAUGAUCUUCCUGGAACGAAAAUGUUGCCGCCAUCUUCCCUUUCUUAUCCAUUGAGCACCGGAAUUGGGGGGAUUCCUAUGGCAUCUUCUCUUUCCGGAUCUGCUCAUGGUAUAAGCGGGAGCAACCAAGUUGGACAGGUAAGUAGUGCACGAGAGCGCAUGCAGGUGGGCUCUGCUGCCACUUUGUGGUGUUCAUUCUUUACUUUAGCGAUGUGGACAUUUUAAUCCGCAUUUCAAGUUUCUUCCAUUUGUAUCAUGUACCUCGCAUUUGAUAUACUGUAGCCCUAUCUACCCGCAUACGUUUUUUAUUUCAUAUUUUGGCUACCAGUGACGUUCAAGUUGUAUCCACUAUCGCAAAAAUGGCGCCUAUCGACCAUUAAUCGGUGGGCAAACAUGUAUCAUUUCCUUUCCUGCAACUCACUGGUUCUGAUUUCGAGAAUCAAUAUGUUUUUGGUAG